AUGGUCCCACCACCUCGAGCGGGAUCAUUUUCGCCCAAUCCUGCGCAGACUCUUCAGACGGGUUCGAGCCAUUCUCCCCACCCAUCGCAGGCCGCCAUCCUCAGUGCUGGCGCAAGCCCAAGCGCCAGCAGUCCGACGGGCACCAACUCCCUGACCAAGAUUGUCGUGGCCCAGGUCUAUCUUCUGCUUAGCACCAUCAAGGAGGAUAAGGACCGCGCCAAGUGGGAAUUGCAGGUUGACCAAUUGAAGAAGCUCAUCGAUGAACACGGUAUGGAAGUCUUCUCAAAGUACUUCACCCGGCUUGUCGCCGGCAAUGCGCCGCAGAUAUUCCCAGGCCUCAACAGGCCUGUCUCGAAUCCAGGCAACUAUCACAUCCUCGUCGGCGAGAUGCGGAAGAUUGCGCACGACCCAGAGCAAGCGAGCAAGAUCGCCGAGUCAAUUGAGAGCGGCACUGAAGACAUCUUCCGCGACUUUGACCUCUCGACCUUUAUGGAGCAUUUCAAGCUCGAUGCCCUGGAAAAGACCCUGUUAGCUCUGGCCUUCAAGCUUGGCUCCCGGACCGACUUGAAGACCAAAGCCGACGCUAUACUCUCGACAAACUUCCCAACCUUUGUCGAUAUCAUCUCUCGACCCGAACUCGAAGCCCAUGCUGACCUUACCCCCUCCUUCAUCGCCUUAAUCAUCGACCGAUUCCUUCAGUAUCACCCUCCCAGCUUUAAUCCUUCUUCUCGUCGAGAUCUCGAGAGCUACCUCGCAAAGCGAUAUAUUAGCGUGGAUCAGCCGCCGCCUUCCGAGGUUCUAGCUGCUCUUGACCUGAGCAGAGUGCUCGCCGAUCGACCAUCCAAUGGCUUGGUUCGGUACCUCCAAAAAACCGGCAUCGAAUUCACGCGAGACGAGGAAACUUGUGUCUCCUAUCUACAGAACCGUGCCAGCAACCUACAGCUUAACCCCGAACAAGUCUCUGCCGCCCUGACGUUCACAACUAUCACCCAAACCCCGCAACAUGACCCCGAAGUCCUGGUGGCGGCUCUCAGGAGGGUAUUGCCGAAAUCCUUUGACUGGAUGGAGGUGAUUGGUUAUUUCGAUCAGCCGUCCGCUAGGGUCUCUUCUCAGCAGUUCCUGCGUCUCUACAACGCCUUUUUGCCAAUAGCGCAAGACCCAAACUCCGAUCUGGACAUCCAGCGGCUUUGGGGUGGCGUGUGGAGGCAUCCAGAGGCGCAGCUAUCCUUUGUUAGUGCAUACGCCUCUCUAACCCCCGAACAGCUUGACGCGACGACGAUCCCUGGGCUUCGACGCAGUAUUACUCUAGACGACUAUGUAAACUCCCCUCCCAAUGUUCGCGAGCGAGCUGCUGUGGCUGUCAAGCAUCCGCUCGUUUCUGUUGCCGCUCUCUCCUCAAUCUUCAACGUCGCACUCAGUUCCGUUGUGGCGUCCACGAGCGUCGAAGCGAAGAGGCUGUUUCAAGAAGUUGUUGUGCCGAAUCUCGACAUCUUUCUCGUUUCCGCUUUCGAGGUCCCUCGCCAGCAUUGGGCAGCAAUGGCCGUUGAUACGCUGAACUCCUUGUUCGAGAACUUUCUCUACAAGCGCUCACCUGAGUACGACUUUGUUCUCGAUAGCCUGUGGAAGAAGGACAAGGAGUGGGUAACGCAGCGCUUGAUUGAUGCGCACGCCAUCAAGCCUGUUGAUCUUCCCCUUGUUUUUGAGCAUGCAGUCAAGCACAACUGGUUGGAUUCGCUCGUGUACCUGGCCAACGGGUUCGGUAUCGACUUGGCUGCGCUGGCUCACGCUGAGGGAUAUCUGGACCUGUCCAAGUGGGCACGGUUCUAUGCAGACAGGGGCAACGAGAUGUCUCGCACUCUCCUGCAAUUCCUAAUGAUCAAGGCCAAUCUAGAAAGCCAAUACCAACGAGGCGGCCCUGAUGGGCAACCGCUUGCAAAGACUACGACAACUUUGCAGGUUCGAACCGUAUCCGCGCUAUUACACAUCCUCGAAGAUCUCUUGCCCAAGGGUCCUGUCCAGGAGCUCAUCAUAAUUCAGCGGCACUGCAUUAUAGCGUACCCGCGACUGAUCAAUUAUGGCGAAGGCUACGACGACAUCAUCGACGCCAACGGCAAGGAUGGAAAUGCCCUUCCCCCGACCGCUAAUAGUAAGAUGGAGGAGCACUACAAAAAGAUGUACAGCGAUGAAAUGCAGGUUCGAAACAUCGUCGAGGUUCUUGAUCGGUACAAGCAUUCCAAGGAUGCCCUAGAUCAAGAUGUCUUUGCAUGCAUGAUUCAUGGACUUUUCGACGAGUACAGCCACUACGUCGAUUAUCCACUGGAAGCCCUUGCCACAACAGCCGUGUUGUUUGGCGGCAUCAUCUCGCACAAGCUCAUUUCAGGGCUGCCUCUCCAGAUAGGACUUGGGAUGAUCUUGGAAGCAGUUAGGGACCAUGUUCCCGAGGAUCCCAUGUACAAGUUCGGUCUGCAAGCGCUGAUGCAACUCCUAGUCCGGUUCCGGGAAUGGCCCCUUUUCUGUCGGCAGUUGGUCCUGAUCCCGGGACUUAUGGGAACAGAAGCGCACAAGAAAGCCGAAGAGGUCGUGAUGGAGCAUGAAGAAGAUCUUUCUCGCGGCCCGAACGGAGCGGGAACGCCACAUGGAGUCGGCUAUCCAGGAGACACGUUUCCCAACGGAAACUCUGAAGAACAAGCCAAUGCAGACCGCCAGGCUCCUGCUUUCUCCUCCAUCAAUGUCGAUCCCCCAGCCCCCGAGAUGGAUUUCGAAGACCCCAACGAAGUCGAACAGGAUAAGGUCCAGUUUGUUCUCAACAACAUCACGGAAGGGACACUGGUAUCGAUGUCCAGCGAGCUGCGAGAGACCCUGGAGCGAAGGCAUCAGCAAUGGUUCGCCUGCCAGCUUGUCGAGGAGCGUGCCAAGAUGCAACCAAACUACCAUCAUGUGUAUCUCGAACUGGUCCGGCUCUUGGAGGACUCGUCUCUUUGGAGUGAGGUGCUGCGUGAGACGUACGUCAGCGUGUCCCGCAUGCUUAACUCAGAGGCUACGAUGCAAAACUCUACGGAAAGAACGCAUCUCAAGAAUCUCGGUGGUUGGCUCGGUCUCAUGACUCUUGCGCGCGAUCGACCGAUCAAGCACAGGAACAUUGCAUUCAAGCAGCUACUGAUCGAAGCACAUGAUACAAAGAGGCUUAUUGUCGUCAUCCCUUUUGUGUGCAAAGUCCUUGUCCAAGGUGCCACAUCGGCGGUAUUCCGGCCUCCUAAUCCUUGGCUGAUGGAUAUUAUCCACCUACUGAUUGAGCUGUACCAUCAUGCUGAGUUGAAGUUGAAUCUCAAGUUUGAGAUUGAGGUCCUUUGCAAGGGUUUGAAUCUCGAUCACAAGAGCAUCGAGCCCUCGGGAGAAAUCCUCAACCGACCGGUCAUCGAGGAACCAGCGGAUGUUCUGCCUCAAGAACAGAUAGAUGCCUUUGAAAACCUAUCUCUGAACGGCAUGGGAUCCGCCGUCGGCGCUGGCCUCACCCCCCAGGCCAUUGCACCGACUAUUCCAGACCUCGGCCCCCUUAUUAACAUUCCCCCAACCAACGAGAUGGUUGUCACCUCCACCCGACUCCACGAUAUUGUGCGGACUGCUCUCAGCCGAGCCCUGCAGGAUAUCAUUCAGCCUGUUGUGGACCGGUCCGUCACUAUUGCUGCCAUCUCAACGCAGCAGAUGAUUCACAAGGAUUUCGCUACCGAGCCCGAUGAGAACCGCGUGCGAACCUCUGCUAUCAAUAUGGUGAAAGCCACAGCGGGAAGCCUCGCGCUUGUUACGUCCAAGGAGCCACUUCGAGCCAACUUUACCAAUUACAUGCGGAACCUGUCGAACGACAUUCCUCAAGGUCUGCCAGAGGGUACCAUAAUCAUGUGCGUCAACUCCAACCUCGACUUGGCCUGCAACAUUAUCGAGAAGCAGGCAGAGGAAAGGGCGGUGCCUGAGAUUGAGGAGAUGAUGGAGGGAGAACUGGAAGCUCGUCGACGACACCGAAUGCAGCGACCCAACGAGCCUUACUUCGACUCGAGCCUCAGCCGUUGGGCCAUGACCAUCCCGCACCCGUACAAGCUCUCGCCAACCAGCAACGGAUUGAACAGCGACCAGAUGGCCAUAUACGAGGACUUUGCUCGACAACCCCGUAGCGCCGCUGCCCCUGCUCCCUCCCACGGUCCCUCGACAUCCGACGCGACUAGAUCUCUCGCCAACGAGGUCCUGCAGGAGCAAUUCACGGCUAUGCCCAACAUACCAACUCCUGCCGAAACCCCUGCGAUUCAGCAACACCUAAGCACUCAGAUGCAGCAGCCCUAUGCUCCUGUGCACGCAGGUGCCAAUGCCAUGUCUAACGGAAGAUCGCCUGGGUUCACCAUGGACGUCCGCGGCCUAGCUGAGCGAGUUAACAAGCUACUUCAGGAACUCCUGAGGGUAGCAACCGAGGCUCGCGAGGAUCACUUCCAAGGUCUACCACGACCCCAUCCUGUCCUGGAUGUUGUCGAUGCUUUGGUUCAGCACAUCAUCAAGACAUCGCAGAACUCGGAGGAAUUCGCCAUAUACGCCGCUGAGCAAAUCAGCCAGAUCAUCUUCUCGCCAGUGGAGGACAAUUUGACGCUCGAGAGCUUGGUUCAUGUUUUGGAGACGUUGAGAAAGAUAUCCGGCCCUGCACUUAACAAUCGUGUCCGGGCUCUGUUCAGCCAACAACCAGGGCCCACCUUCUUGAGCCUACCAUUGCUGGCGGCAUUGACUCGGACUGACUUGUUGGAUUGGAGGAACAUCGACCAUGCCAUGUCCAAGGCCCUCCAAGCCCGUAAGGAGGGCUCGCUCGACUUCUUGGAGCACAUGCUUGACCUUACACUUCUCAACAACCGCCCUAUCGCCCUAUAUGCUGAUUUUGUCAGGACGCUAGAGGCCGCGUGGGCUUGGAUCAGAGAAGACCCCGGCUCAGCUAUUGGUCAACGAGUCAGGUCCAAGCUGAUCGGAUCUGGAUUGUCGCAUCCUUCGCAGACAGACGACCAGGUGCUAUAUCGACAAGAUCAGAUGGACUAUGUGCUGGACGAGUGGGUUCGUCUGUGCAACAACCACAACGCCUCGGACGCGUCUGGAUCGAUCUUUGUGCAACAACUGCAGGCCAAGCAGGUUAUCCGAGACCGUGAUGAUUUCUUCGUCUUUCUCCGUACCGCCAUCGAUACAUCAGUUGAGCGAUUCGAGCAUACGAUGCACCCUGGCGCCCUCACCGAUGUCUACAUCACGGUCGAUGCGCUUGCCAAACUCAUUGGAACCUUUGUCAGCUUGCAGUUUGACACAUCAUCCACGCGAGCGUCAUUUGUCGACUCGACCAUGGCGCUGAUCACACUGGUCCUCAACCAUCACAGCGUCAAGCGAGGGGAGCAGCUUAACCAGAGGGUCUUCUUCCGACUGCUGUCGAUGCUCUUGCAUGAGAUCCACGCCAUCUCGGAGGACAUUUCUGAAGAGGAGCGCCGCGACAUUCUGCUCAGGAUCGCCUCCCGACUUGCUGGCAUGGGCCCUGCUCUAAUUCCUGGCUUUACCUAUGGCUGGCUCUCUCUUGUUCAGCACCGCGCCUUCAUGCCGGUCCUCCUCCAACUGCCCGAUGGUGCCGGAUGGGGACUGUUCGUCGACCUCGUCUGCCAGCUCUUUGAGUCUCUUGGAGAUCAACUGAAGGUGUUUGAAGUAUCCAACAUUGCCAAGGACAUUUACCGAGCCGCGUUCAAGCUUCUGAUCAUCCUGCAACACGACUUUCCCGAUUUCGUCGCGGCUAACCACGUCAGAAUCUGUGCCAGCAUCCCGCCGCACUGCACACAAUUGAUCAACGCCGUGUUGGCCGCCAACCCUCAGCAGAGUCCCAAGUUUGUGGAGAUGAAUGCCAAGAACCGAUCCGACGAGUCCAGGGUCCAUCCCGGCCUGGUGAACGAGGCCACUGUAAUCCUCCGAGAUGCUGGCCUACUUGGCGUUGUCGACCAGGCCCUCCAGAGUGGCCCGUCAGAGGACAUUGUGGCUAACAUCACGCACUCCAUGACACACAACGCUCCCAAGGUGACAACAUAUGGCCAUGUGCCCGUUGCGAUCAACCUUGCCGUCAUCAAUGCCGUGGUCAUCUACAUUGGACAGCACGCCGCAGACCAGGCAGCUCAGGCUGGCACGGCUGUCACAGUGUCUGGAGACGAGUAUGAGGUUUCAACCCUGUCCCUCAUCAUCCACGAACUCCCUGCCGAGGCCAGGUACUAUCUUUUGGUCAGCGUGGUGAACCAGCUACGCUUCCCUAACGCGCACACCGACUUUUUCAGCCAGGCGCUCCUCUAUAUCUUCAGCAAGGACCUGGAGGAUCCCGAGGAGACGGAGAUCCGACAGGGAAUAACGCGAGUCCUCCUCGAGCGGUUGGUUAGUUUCUGGCCGCAGCCGUGGGGCCUGCUGUUUACGGUUGUGGAGAUUGUCAAGUGCGACAAGUACAAUUUCUUUGAGCUCCCUUUUAUUAAGGCGAUUCCUGAGGUUGCCGACAAGUUUGGCCAGGUGGUUCAACGAGGUUAAGAUGCAUGAUGUGACUGACUAUAUGGCGGGAACUGGGUAUAACGGCACAAGGAGGAACGAACCUAUACGGAAGCACAUGCCAUUGGUGGACAUUUCUGGUUUGGGACGGCACAUAGUUGAGAGGGAGGGGCGUUGGGUCCAAAAAGAAGUGAGAAUUAUAGAGAAGCAGGGUCUUUGCGGUCCAGGGACAACCUCGUCUGGGGGGACGGGGCGGUUCAUGACCCAUAACAUUUUGCUGUAAUACUGUAUCACUGUAUGAUAGUAGUUUUAGGAUGUGUCGGAAAACAACACCAGGCGUAUGGUUGGUCACGAAGCUUUAUCACUUUGGGCGAAUGCAUAUCAAUAUUGUCG